AUGGCGUACAAAAUGAAAGGCGUAUUCAAGGGCCUCAAGGUCAUCUCUCAGAUCUUCGUGGUCAAGGAGCAUCAGAUGGAGAUCGGUCAUCCGACUGAUGUGAAGCAUGUUGCGCACAUAGGUUGGGACAGCCCAACAGGGAGUGCAGCUUCUCCUAGCUGGAUGAACGACAUGAAGGGGUCACCGGACUUCUCAUCGCUGAGCAGUAUUGGACCAUCCGCACGAACCUCCUGGGCUUCUCAAGAUUUUGAGGAGCCUCGUGAUAUAUCACCCUUUGGCAUUUUCGCGGAAAAUACCGGUCAAGAAGCAACCCCAUACCCUGACAUACCAAAUCCACCCAGGAAGUCAAGGAAGAAAUCCAUGACUGGUUCUCCGAGGGCAUCCGCGAGAUCGUCAAGAUCAUCAAGAUCAAGGUCCAAGAGCUCAUUUUCAUCUACCACCGCUAACACUGUUGGUGCCAAUGACAGACAAGCUGAAAUCCAAACUGUGUAGACCAUUUUGUUCAGAUGAGCUUUGGCGAAGGUAAAAUAGGGUGUCGAGGGUUCAGACUUCUGAG